UUGAUGGAAAACUUCACAUUCAACAGCUUCACGCUGCAGUUGGAGGGCUUAAACGUUUCUAAAUACUGGAUGUACCCUGUCUUUUUCUGCUUCUUUUUCUUCUACCUCUUUAUAAUGAUUACAAAUGUUGGCAUUGUAGUCCUGGUGUUCAUUGACAAAAGCCUUCACCAGCCCAUGUAUCUGCUUUUCUGCAACCUGCCAGUUAAUGACAUUGUUGGCAGCUCGAUCAUGGUGCCUCGUUUGCUUUCAGAUAUCUUGCAGCCUCCAUCUGAGCGUCUCAUCAGUUAUUAUGAGUGUGUAGUGCAAGCUUUCACCUCACACAUGUUCGGCACCACUUGCUACACAGUGCUCAUGAUUAUGGCCUUUGACAGAUAUGUGGCUAUCUGUAAUCCCCUGCGCUAUGCUGCCAUAAUGACCAACAAAAUGGUGAUCAAGCUGACAGUUUUUGCCUGGGGAGUAGCACUUGUUUUUGUCGGGAUUCUGCUGGGUCUGACCAUUCGACUGAACCGAUGCAGAACUCUGAUCAUGAAUCCCUACUGUGACAAUGCCUCUCUGUUUAAACUCUCCUGUGAGAGUGUGGUAAUUAAUAAUGUGUACGGCCUCACUUUCACUGUCAUCCUGUUCACAGGUUCCAUAGGCAGCACGGUUCUUACCUACGCUAAGAUUACAGUCGUCUGUCUCACCAGUAAAAACAAGUCUUUGAACAGUAAAGCCUUAAAGACGUGCAGCACUCAUCUGGUUGUGUAUCUCGUCCUGCUGUUCACUGGAUUUAUUAACAUUAUUCUGCAUCGCUUCCCUCAGUACUCUGAAUACAGAAAACUGGUUCUCAUUAUGUUUCACAUCGUCCCUGCCUGCCUCAACCCCAUUAUUUAUGGCAUUCAGUCUGCAGAAAUCUCCAGAUCCUUGUCAAAAUUAUUCAGAUCAAAAAAAUUAACACCGUUUUCCUGAGAUUUAACGUUGUGUUUAGCUCCCUUAACCCCAGAAAAGGAUGUUUUGUGUAUAUGUAGAAAAUAUGUUAUUGUAGAAAGAAACUGUUAAACC